UUUUGAUAUUUCCAACAUGUCGGCCGACGAAGAUACCGAGUUAAGAGAUUUGGUAGCCCAAACUCUAGAAACAAAUGGAGUACUCGGAAGAAUAAGGGCCCAGCUGCGUGCCAGUGUGUUUUUAGCCUUGGAAGAACAGGAGACAGUUCAGAACAAGACCCCGUUCCUUAACCAGGACCUGAAGAAGUUCCUGUCAACCAAGGAAGGCAGCACAGUUGUGGAACUGGUCCGAGAGUUUCUGGACUACUUUAGCCUCGAGUUUACGCAGGCAGUCUUUGAACCAGAGUCAGGCGUUGCGCAGACUUUUGAGGGUCGUGCCAGUCUUGCCAAGGAGUUGAACGUCACUGAUGGAGGGGGACAGAAACAGCCCCUCCUACUGGAGGUGUUGAAGAGAGCUCAAGGGGGGAAGACUGUCACCAGCAGACCCACAGGGCUUCAGGAAUCUCUGACACCAACCAUCUUACCUCAGGAGUUAUCACAAAAGCAGCUGACAGAUGCUAGGAAAAAGUUUGAUUAUUAUGACCGGGACAAGAACAAUGAGAUAGACAAGGAUGAGUUACGGGAACUGUUUAUGGACCUUUUCCCAGCGUUUAACAGGAACAUGCUUGACCGUUAUGUGAAUGAUGAGUUCAGGGCAUCAGACAGGGACUUCAGUAACAAGUCGUAUUUAUCAAUUACUAGUAAAGGCAUCAGUUUUCAGGAGUUUGUGGGCAUGUACAAGCGCCUGUUCCUGCAAUGUCGGGGGAUUGUGUCCGGGGAUGUGGCCGACAUCCUCUCCCCAACAUCACCAAACAAGUCCCUGUCUUCACCAGUCAGUAAGGCCAGUAACUCAGAAAGCCUGGUGGAUUCUCGAAACAGGAGAAACCUAGAGAAUGGCGGGAAACAUCUCAUUCACGAGAACAACAACACAGAUACAGAAGAGGACUUUUUUGACGACCCUCUUCCAACCUCACCGGGAUACAAAUCAUUUACCAGUAAAGACAACCUUAGUAGCUCGUCGGAAAGUCGGAAAAGCAGCGGAGGGGGCCGCCCCUCACAAAUACCUGUAUUCUCGGCACUGCGGAGCGAUGAUAAGGGAAAGGUAUCCCCCACUGGAGGUCAGAAGACGGGGCCAGCAGGCAAGGGGCAAACUUCAGGAGGUAUGAGCUCCCUACAGGGGCUUCCAUCUCUCACAGGGGACAGAAGUACGGGGGCCCGAAAAUCACCAACCCACGAUGGCAGUGACAAUCUUAGAUCCAUGGACAAACGUAUGGCAGAGUUGGGCCUUGAUGGCGAUGGCCAGGACUACUCAUAUGAAGAUGAUUUCCAGAGUGAAGGGCACAGUUUAAGCCAGAAAAGCCCAAGGAUGCGGUCGGAGGCAAACCAGGAGAAUGGCAGCAUCGCCGAGGAGAUAGAGGAAGACAUUGAUGAACUCUCCAUAGAGGGAGACGAGUUUAUCCGCAGUGAGAAGAGUGCAUUUGAUGACAUGACUACAGACAGGACAAUCUCUCAGGUGGAGACAGGGUAUGAUUACAUUGAGGAGCUGCAGUCGCCAUAGAAAUGAGCUGUUGCCAUGGACACAAUAAUUCACCUGUGAUAAAACAAGAAUAACAGUUGUCAUAGCAGGCUGAUGAAACAUUAGGAAAUACCCUUUCUUUACAAUGCAAAAUCUGAUUAGCAGGAAAACCACUGAAGUUACGAAUUAAUUUUUUUUUUUAAAUAGCUGUGAUUCAAAGCUUUUUCUGUAUGUUUUGAAAGGAAUGUAUUGUAAAGUUUCCCCAUCUUGUCCAAGCUAACUAUUUGAUUUGUUCCAACUACUUACCUAAUCUGUUUAAAAUUAGUUUGAAUGCAGUUUGUAAUAAGAUUUUACAAAUGAAUAUUAAGGAAUAUUUCCUUUGAAAUUAGGUACAUGUAUAUGGGCUGUUAAUGAAGUAAUGGUUGAAGUUUUUAGUAGAUUUGAAAUAGCAAAACUAAUAUAGAUCUGAAUAAUUUAAGGUGGUGUUAUUGUACUUAAGUAUUUGAUAUUACCAGUUGAGAUUUUCGCUCAUCUGAAUAACAUGACAUUUUCAAACAGAUUCACCAUUAUUGAUCAAGCACAAAGGUAGUUAAAGCAUAACUGAUUGCACUGUAGUAAAUUUUGCCAUCAUGGGCCUCUUGUUAGAAAUAUAUAAUGGAAGAAAGAUUUGUUGUAGAAAUGUCUUUUCUUAUAAAGAGAUCUAUUUGUAGAUUUCUUUCCAAUUUCUCUCUCUUUUGACAUUUGAAUUAGAUUCCCUUCCGUGUUAUUGAAGAGGAGAUUCAGAUAGAACAAGAAUUGUAUAAGAAAGUUGAAUAACAUUUCUGUGCAUAAUUUAACGCACUUGUUAGGUAUUGCAAAACUGAAUGUCAGUAAAUGUCAGUGAAUAGAGCUAUUUGUAUAGCAUGACCAAAUUACCUGUAUUGUCGGUAUCUGUAUUGAUUUAUGUACUUCAUGUAAUUACAGGAAUAAUGCCAUUGUGGUCGAACAUUUUGAUGAACUUUUUCUUAGGGACAAUUCAAACAUAGUAGUAAAAAAGUAUUGUCUGUUUGAUUAGGAAUAAAAAAAAUGCUUAGUAGACUUAAGACCAAAAAGAUGAAAUGAUAUCUUCAAAUCUUAACAACAAAGCAUAGUAAAUCAGAUUGGCCAUUCAUUAGCUGAAGAUAUAGGUCAUCUUGUAUUCUAAACACAUUCAAGAAAAUAAGUUUAAUUGUAUUCAUAUUUAAUAGUUUACUUGUUAUCAUAAGUUGUCUUCUAGCUAUGAAGAGACCAUUUUAAUAUCUAGACAACUGUGCUGUGAAGUAUGCAUAUCUUUGAUGUGACGUAAUAUCAAUGAUUCGUUUACGUGCGCUGUGUAUCAGAAACAAUUUGAAAAUUACUCAAUUAUUAAAGAAAUUUCAGAAUAUUCAGAUAUGAAAUAUAACUGAUAAUACAAUUUGUUUGUGAAAUAUUACCGAUAAAAUGAUUUGUGUGAAAUUUAACUGACGAAAUAAUUUGUUAUGUCAAAUAGAACUGAUUAAAUGACUUUGUGAAAUAUAACUGAUAAAAUAAUUUGUAAUGUUACGGUAUUGUGCUAUAAUUGUCCGUCCAGUGAACCAAGUCUCGUGUGUUCUGUAUUGAACUGCAACAAGCAGAAAUAGGACUUGGAGUUUAAGACUAAUGUACAGGAAUAAACACAUUGUAGUCUCCUUUGGCUGAAAAUAAACAGAUGGCACCCCCAUGGUGCACCAUGAUUUGGAGGUCAUUGGUAUUUUGAAGGUUAUCAUCUUUCUGUUUUGUCUGAAAUCUAAAGGCUAUUUUGUGUAAAACUAACAAUUUUAAAAGAAAAGUAGACCAAUUUUUGCCUGUUGUGGUUCACUUGUAAAAAGUGAUCAGUAAUUUAUUUCUAUCAUUCACACAUCCAUCAAGCCAUUAUCUGUUAUGUAAACUUAACGUACAUCUCCAUUUUGUUUUGAAAUGACUAUUAAUAAAACAGUUAUUUAUAGACAUUUCAAUUUGUUGUAAUACCCUCACAGGCUGCAAGUGAAAUAUUAAGACCCAUAAGGCCACAAUAAAUAGUUUGGUUGUUAUCUUACUACCCACAUUUUGUAAUUAUGAAAUAAGAAAAAAUAAUUAUGACCACCUUUAUAAUCAAAAUAAUCCAGUCGCAACUACUCUCGGUAAGGAAAAGGACAAAUAAUCUUUUCUACUUGUGGCCUAUAUGUAACAGGUUGUCAAUAAUUGCUUUCAGAGUAAACUUCACUGGAGUUUAUUUUCAAAUUUUGUAACACAUAUCGGAAGUAUCUUUUUUAGUUUGAUGUUUAUUUUUGACAAUUGUUUACAAACAAUAAAUUAUUUGAAUAAACACUACAAUUUGCUCACUAUAUAGCUAAUAAUAUAGUUACACAAUAUUGAUUAGGUGUUAUAUCUAUGUUAAUUGUAUCAUUAAUUCAACCUCUGUGUAUAUUACGUGUAAAAUAAAAACAUAUUUUUGUAA